UCAACGGUCAAUGCCUUCCAAGGAAUAUUACAAAGAGCAGAGGAAGUUAAGGAAGGAAACUAAUCACCUCUCGUUCACCGGACACAAUGGCCGGAGUUUUCUCGAACGCCUUGGAGAUGAUCAAGGAGUUAUCCACGCCUCAUGCCCUUCAAUAUCUGGAACCCAUUUGGAGCAGAGUUGAUGAGCAGCUUCAAAAGCUCCAGUACUCCUUACUGCUUAUCCAACCGCUUAUUGAAGAUGCAGAGGCGAGGCAGUUGACGGACAAAGCUGCAAGGCGCUGGCUUGUGCGGCUCAAAGAUGCCGUCUAUGACGCGGAAGACAUUCUUGACGAGGCCAAGACGCAUGAACUACUCAUCCAGCGCAAGGCACAGCUUUAUAGUCACCCAAGAAGCAAGGUGCGCGAAUUCUUUUCUCUUGAUCAUAACCCACUCUUGUUUAAACUUCAGCUGGUGAAGAAGCUCAGAAAUGUCAAUGAGAGAAUAAAUGAGCUCAUUGAGGAGAUGGACAAGUUCAAACUCAGGGUUGUUGAAAACAACAGCAAACCUUUGUGGAACAGGCCUCAAACCUACUCAUAUGUGCAUGAAUCACGAGUUUUUCUUGGUAGAGAUGAAGAUAAAGAGAAGUUAGUGCAGAUGCUGAUCUGUGAUAGUUUUGAUGAGAAAGUGGCUGUGGUUUCUAUAGUCGGCAUGGGUGGUCUGGGUAAGACGACACUUGCUCAGUUGAUCUACAAUGAUGAAGAAGUCCAGAAGCAUUUUGAACUGCAUAUAUGGGUAUGUGUUUCUGACGAUUUUGAUGUGCCAAAGCUUGCUGGAAAGAUCAUACAUACAGCUUCUGGGGAAAAGUGUGAUCAUACAAACAUGGAGGUGUUGCAACAGAGGCUGCGAAAAGAAUUGGGGCAGAAGAGAUUUUUGCUGGUAUUAGAUGAUGUAUGGAAUGAAGAUUUCCAAAAGUGGGAUGCUCUUAGAAACUUGUUGCUCGAUGGAGAAAAAGGAAGCAGAAUUCUUAUGACCACACGCAAUGGAAAAUGCUCUUGAGUGAUGGGUGCACAAAAUCCUUAUAUUCUGAGCGGAUUAUCAGAAGAAAGCUCUUGGGAUUUAUUUGAACGGAAAGCAUUUGCUAGAGGUGCACAGAGGCCACCAAAAUUGGUGCAGAUUGGUCAAGAGAUUGUCAAGAAAUGUCAGGGAUUACCACUCGCUAUAGAAGUAUUGGGGUGUAUUAUGCAUUACAAGAGCGAAGAAGGUGAAUGGCAGGCCGUGUUGCAAAAUAUUGAAACAUGGAAGUUACAACAUACGAAAAAUGAAAUCAUGCCAGAGCUGUGGCUAAGCUAUGUUGAUUUGCCUACUCAUUUAAAAAAAUGUUUUGCCUUUUGUGCCAUAUACCCAAAGGAUCAUGUUAUUGAGGAAGUGGAGCUGAUUCAGUUAUGGAUGGCUUAUGGGUUUCUUGCAUCUCAAAAAGGAAACGAUAUGGAAGUUGAAGGGCUAGAGAUUUUCACAGAGUUGAUAAGACGAUCUCUUUUACAAAAAAAGGUUUUCACGAAGUUUAGAAGGCGAUCGCAUUUACGAAACAAGGUGUAUUAUCAUUCAAGUGAAACGGUCUGUACGAUGCAUGAUCUCAUUCAUGAUCUAGCGCACUUUGUUUUGGAGAAUGAAUGCUUCACAUCGUUGAACAGCAGUGCAGCCCCUGAAAUCCCAAUACGGCCACAUCAUUUGAAUUUAUAUUCUGAUAAAAAUUAUAAUCAGGCUGAUUGCUCCAUCAUCCGUACUGUGCUAAAGUUUAAAACAGACUUAAGUGUGUUGUCAAGGCUGAAGUAUGUCAGAGUGCUCGACUUGAGUGAUACACACAUUAAUGAGUUGCCUGCAUCAAUAGAGCAUUUGCACCAUCUAAGAUUCCUCGAUCUUUCUUAUACUAAAAUAAGGAAACUACCGGAAUCCAUUUGUAUGUUGGUUAAUCUACAGACAUUGAAACUCUAUGGUUGUUAUAAACUUUCAGAGCUUCCCAAGAGCAUAACAUACAUGAACAGUCUUAGACACCUUAUUUUUAAUCAUCUAGAUUUCAAGGCAUUAUCUGCUGGUUUGAGUCAAUUACAGAACUUGAACACAUUAACACGAUAUACUGUGGGAGAUGAAGCAGAGAACAACAUAGGGCAAUUAAGGUCAUUGAAUCCCUUUGGUGAACUUGCUUUGUAUAACCUCCAGAAGGUGAAGAAUGCUGAGGAUGCUAGAAAAGCUGAUAUGGGUAACAAACAACUUAUUCAGAUAUUAACAUUAAAUUGGAUAAAUUCUUAUUGGGAUCAUCAUGGCGAAUAUUGUUUAAUGGAAAAUGCGGAGGACGUGUUGGAAGCGUUGAAACCUCCCAGUGGAGUAAAACAACUUACAAUUAGUUAUUAUCCAGGCAAACAAUUUCCAAUGUGGACGGGAGAAAUGCAACAAUUCCAAUAUCUACAUAGCAUCGAACUAUCUGAAUGUAGAGAAUGUGAACAACUCCCUCCACUUGAGACAUUACCCAAUCUUGCGGAUCUGAGUAUCAGUGACAUGGAUGGCAUCAGACACAUUGUUAACAACAGCAGAGGCAAUGCGCUGCAAUCAUUCCCUGCAUUAAAGGGGUUGAUUUUAUAUAGAAUGAAGAACUUAGAGGGGUGGUGUGUGGAGGAGGGUAGAGAAGCAAAUCAGUCCUUGUUUCCAUGCCUCAUUCGGAUGGAUAUUGGAAGAUGUCCCAAGUUGACAACCAUGCCACCCAUUCCAACUCUCCAGGAAUUAUAUAUGGUGCGAUCAUUCCGUAAGACACAAAUCUCUCUCGUGUCCAAGGAAAGAAGGUUCUUCAAGCAUUUGAAAUCUCUUCGGAGAUUAGGGAUAAAUUCUUGCACUGAGGAGUUGGUUUUGUUGCUAGCAGAUGAAGAGGAGACAAGAGCCAUGAAGUCAACACUUGAGAGUUUAGAUAUUGGCAAUUGCAAUCAGCUAUCAUUGACAUUAGUUUUGCAGAACCUUCCAUCUCUAAGACAACUAAAGGUGGAGUCGCUUGAAAAGCUGGUGUCCUGGCCUGACAAGAUACAAAGUUUGAAGUUCCUCAAUGAUCUGACAAUUAGUUCUUGUAGGUAUUUUACUGGUGUAUCAUCACAGGGUGACUCUGGUCCACCGUUUCUGAAGAGCCUUCGUGUUUCUGGCAGUGAUGCCCUGAGAGAAUUACCCACUUGCCCCACAUCACUCCAGUACUUGAAAAUUGACAAUUGUCGAGGCAUGGAGUCUUUGGGCCCAGAAAUGGGACACCUUACUUCACUAUCCAGAUUAGAAUUAUCUAGAUGUCCAAAGCUGAAGUCAUUCCCAGAAGGCCUGCAACAACUUCUUCCUACUCUAAAAUCACUAGAAAUCAAAGGAUGCCCAGACCUAGAGAGGUUGUGCAAGCCUGGAGGAGACUAUUACAACAUUCUCUCUACCAUCUCAUAUAAACAAAUAGGAAAAGAAUCAGAGUCAGAAUCUGAGCCAGAAGAGAUAAUUCAAGUUCCUAAUGAGAUUAGUACUGGUGCCAAACAAGCUUUCAAGUGCAUCACCACAAAUCGGUUCCUUGUAUCAGCGAUUUUGAUUUGUGCUAUUGCUUAUUUCAUAAAUUUUCUUUUCAACCAACUUGAUAGCCAGAAUGAGGAAGGGCUUUGGUAUAUCCCGCCAACAUGAGGACAAAAAGCACAAGGAGUCUGAAAUCAGAAUGAAAAGGAAGCAUAUCAUUUCCAAAUACCAAUUCAAUUAGCAAGUUUAAUUCUUGGUGUCCUAUUUGUGAAUAUUUAUGUUCUUUAUAUUAUUUCCUGGAAAUGAACCAAUAGUCCAAUGAAAGCACCCAAAAUCUCAAUGGG